AUGGAACGACAAGAACAUCGAGAUAUGGAUGAUGAACAAGAAGAACAUACUAUUGGUAGUCUUGAUACAUCUAUGGAUAGAUAUCUUGAACAUCAUGGACUUUGGAGGAAACGUAUUCCACAAGAUGGAUCAAGUUUGUUUCGUGCUGUAUCAGAAGAUUUAUUCUCGACUCAAGUUCAUCAUUAUGAUGUUCGAUUAAAAUGUAUUGAACAUAUGGAAUUGAAUGCUAAUGAAUAUAGUCCAUUAAUUACAAUGUCAUUAUCAAAAUAUUUAACUCAUUUAAAAGAUCCAACUACACCAGGUGGUAUGCUUGAAGUGGAAGCACUUGCACGAUGUUAUCGUGUUCGUAUUAUUGUUUAUUCUGGUAAAGAUCAUGAUCCUGUUGAAUGUCAAUAUGGUUCAAAAACAAUUAUGCUUUCAUUAAUUGGUUAUCAAUUUGAUCGAGUUAUUACAGAAGAACGUCGUCGACUUUUGGGCAUUGUACAAGCUUAUGUUUAUAAAUUUCUAUAUAGUGAAGUAUUUAAUCAACCAAAAGUAGUCGAGCAAGCGAAAGCCAUGUUAAGAAAAUCUGAUACACUUUAUUAUGGUGUUAAAGGAGCUAGCAUGCAAAAACAUUCAGAUCGACCAGAAAAGAAAACAAAUCAUGAAUUAAUUCCUGUACCAUAUCGUACAGCUAAAGCAUUUGAACCAGCUAUUUAUCGAAAUGUUGCUUAUGAUGUUUAUAUGAAUGAUCAUUUUAAAAAAUAUUUUGAUAGAAAUAUAAUUAAACAACAUCAACAUAUUCCAUUUAUGACACAUAAUCGAUUAAUUGAACGAUUUGGUGUUAAAAUGCAUUUGCCUGUUUCUUAUAUAAAUCCACCAGAUUGUCGACGAGUUAUUGUUACAUUAUCGAAUUCUGAUGAAUUAUUUGCUUAUUAUGUCGGUGAAGAUGUUGAUACAAAUAUGCAUAAUGUUUAUCUUGUUAAAUUUGGUUCAAUGACUAAAACAACUGGUGAGAAAAUGUUAGAUUUUCCAGCUUCACUUGGUCGUCGUCCAGUAACAUUUGCACAAUUAAAACGUCAUACAAAUAUGUAUCGAAAAUUGAAACCAUGUUUGGAUGCAAGUUUACAAUUUUUUGAAGAACGUUCAUCACGACGACAACGGCAACAAGUAGUAGAUUAUGGAAAUAAUCAAUCAGUUCAAUUUUUUCGUCCAUAUCCACCAUUAAUGUCACCAAUAAAUCCAACUGUUCUAUAUUCACCACCUCUUGAAAAUUACUCAACAAAUUCUAAUUGGAUUCCUCCAUCAUCACCUACUCAUCAAACAAUGCCAAUAUUAAUGCCAAUUAAUAAUUCUGAUCAAAUGCAAUUACAUCAUCGUCUUAGUGUUAAUGUUACUGAUCAUUAUGAAUGGACAACAAAUCCAACAAAUUUUUUUCCGGGAUAUUCAACAACAACAAAUUCAUCAAAUAUAGAUACAAUGUCAUUAAAUGGAAGUUUAAGUAGUAAUACAAGUACAAAUGAUAGUUCAUCUUAUCCAAUAUUAGCACCAAUGCCAACAGUUUUUUUUAAUCAAUAUCCUCAACAAUCAUCAGGUGAACAACAACAACAACAACAACAACAACAACAAUAUAUUCAACCGACUGUCUUUUUUCCACAACCAAUUUCACCAAGAUUAAUUAAUGAACAAGUACAACAAAAUAUGAUGAAUGAUGUUUCAUCGAACAAAAUUUUUGCUGGUCAAACUCCAUUUGUUAUUAUGUCUCCAUCACAUCCAUUGAUUGGUCAAGGACCACCACAACAACCUGUUUCAGGAUUUCAUCCAAUUUCAAUGAUGCCACGUGUUUAUAUGGAUCCAAUGAAUUGUUCAUCAAAUGGUACUAAUGUUUAUCUUCCUCCUAGUGGACAAAAUCUAAUAUCUACACAACAACAAUCAUCACCAAAACUUCCUAUUUUUUAUUCAUCAUCACCACCACCAUUUACUCAAUGGAUUCCUACUGCUCCGCCACCACUACCACCACCUUAUUUUAUGUUAUCUAAUCAUCAACCAGCACAACAUUUUCCUUUUCAACAGUUAAUUUGA